AUGUUCUUCAAAAGAAGAACCUGGCUUUGGUUAUACAUCAGAACAAGUAUCAUUCUAGGAACUGAGCUAAAUAGCCCAGAGCAACAUGGUAAAAAUAACUGUUAUCAGCUUAACAGGUUUCACUGCAGCUUUGAGAAAGCAGAAAAUUACUGCCGUGCCCAAGGAGGACACCUUGCUUACACUUGGAACCAGGAGGUUCAAGAUCUCAUCUGGGACUUUCUGGAAGAAGGGAAGAAGUGGUGGAUUGGGCAAAAUUUAAUGCUGCCGGGAAAAUAUCACAGAAAAAAAAAACCAAAUGUCACAGACCACUGGGCCACAAAGCCCACCAGCUGCACUUACAUGUCCAGAAAGUCCAAUCGAAUCUCCUCAAAAGUAGGCUUGUGCUCACUGGGGCAUUAUUUCAUUUGCCAGGCUGACCGAGAUGCCAGUUAUGAAAAAAAUGCAAAUAAUUCUCAUUUACUUUGGACGUCCAAGAAGACAAAAAGAGAAGUUGAAAUACCGAGAAACAAAAUGACCUCAGGAGCCACUCAUCUGUCAACCACAUGUCACCAACCUGCUUAUGCUAACCUUUCCAAGACCCUAUGCCAUUCUGUCAGCCCAUUUCCUUCAGCACUACCCAAAGUCAUGCAGCAGAGAGUAUCAGUCACAUCGGUACCUACCAGCCCACCUCUCCCUGUGAUAGCAGAGCUCACCAGGCCUCCAUCUGUUACACAUGCUGAAAAAGCUCUCAUGGAAAUAACUUCAAGCCCCGCAGAGGACUCACAUUCAGAUGCCUUUGUCACUCAUCUACAAGCAUCAUUUCAGAAUGUAUCUGCUCAGGUUGAUGUCAUCUCUCUUAUUUACCUGAAUGAGCAGUUACAGAAGAGCCCAUUUCAGAACAACAUUCUGGGCUUUAAACUUCCUGUGGCUGUCUGCCUCUUUCACUCCCUCAACAAUGUAGUGAAAGCUGGUGAAGCAAGCCAGCUCAGCUCCAAGCAUGACAUUGAGCAGGUAGAAAAUAUGCUGAAAAUGUCCUUUCUGGCCCUUGGAGAGAGCCAGGAAGCACUUCGACAGCAGAAUCGGUUUUCUGAGUCUUCAGUGACUUUGACCUCUUCCGUUGCUACCCUGAUGCUGAGCAGCCAAAACAUGUCAACUUUGCCUCUGAGCUCGUACUCUCUGGGUUAUCCAGCACCUGUGAGGUUAGGCUUCCCAUCAGCUUUGGCUUUGGAGGAGCUUUUGAAUAAACACCCAGGAGUUAAUGUUCAAGUAACAGGACUAGCUUUCAAUCCCUUCAAGGAUUUUGAUGACACAAACAUUGUCGGAAGCAUCGGAAGAGUAUUACUAAGCUCUAAUCACAGAUUGCUCCCAGUCCGUAAUUUAAUGGAAGAUAUUGAGAUUGUGCUCUGGAGAAAUGCUAGCAUGGAAACCCAUCCCACCAGCCUCAACGUGAGCACAAACCAUUUUACUGUCACGGUGAACAUCACCUCCCUGGAGAAAUCCCUGAUACUGUGCAUAGAGCCUGAAAGCCCCCUUUCAGUGACACUCUACCUGGGCUUCCAGCAUCAGCCUAACCACACUUACUUCCACCUGAACAUCACUCUUCCAAAAGAUCAGGUCUGGCAAAAAGAUGAGGAAUACACAUGGGUGCUGACUCCAGAGAGUCUGCAGUAUGGGAUUGGCACCUACUACAUAACAGCUGUGUUGAAUAAAAGCAAAGAGAGUGCUCAGCAGGCAUCCACCCUGUUCUCCAUCACAACUGCAGUCACUCAGUGCUAUUUCUGGGAUAGCCACAAUUGCACAUGGAGGAGCAGUGGGUGUCAGGUUGGACCACAGAGCACAGUUUGGAGGACUCAGUGUCUCUGUAACCACCUGACCUAUUUUGGCAGCGACUUCUUCAUUGUGCCCCGGACCGUGAACGUUAAAGACACAAUCAAGCUCUUCCUUCGCGUGACCAACAACCCUGUUGGGGUGUCACUGCUGGCCAGCCUUCUAGGAUUCUAUAUGCUCAUACUUGUGUGGGCUCGGAGAAAGGAUCAAGCAGAUAUGCAGAAGGUGAAGGUCACCGUCCUGGCUGAUAAUGAUCCCAACUCUCAAUUCAACUACCUUAUUCAGGUCUCCACUGGAUAUCGAAGAAAGGCCUCUACAACUGCUAAGGUGGUUAUCACCCUCUAUGGAUCAGAGGGACGGAGUGAGCCCCAUCACCUCUGGGACUCCCAGAAGGCAGUCUUUGAACGCGGGGGACUGGAUGUCUUCCUCCUCAGCACUCAGUCCUCUCUAGGGGAACUGCACAGCCUCCGGCUCUGGCAUGACAACUCGGGUGGCAGCCCUUCGUGGUAUGUAAACCAAGUAAUUGUCAGUGACAUGGCAGGUAAAAGAAAAUGGCAUUUCCUGUGCAAUUGUUGGCUGGCCGUGGACCUUGGAAACUGCGAGCGUGACCGGGUCUUCACACCAGUCUCAAAGAAAGAACUCUUUUCCUUUAGGCACCUGUUCUCCUCCAUGAUUGUAGAAAAGUUCACCCAGGAUUAUCUGUGGCUCUCGAUUGCAACUCGACAUCCCUGGAACCAGUUUACCAGAGUCCAGCGGCUCACUUGCUGCAUGACCCUCCUGCUCUGCAACAUGGUCAUUAAUGUGAUGUUCUGGAAGAUAAACAGUGCCACUGCCAGGAGAGAUGAGCAAGUGGGUCCAUUUGCUGUGACCUGGUCUGAACUGCUUAUCAGCAUCCAAACUGCUGUCAUUAUCUUCCCAGUCAACCUUAUAAUUGGGCGGCUCUUCCCGUUGAUUCAACCACAAGAACUGCUGCCUCCGUUUCCUCCCAUCCAGGCCUCCCGUCCCUCAGAUGCUUCUUUUGAGCCUCUUUCUCUCACAAAGGUAGUUGAGGAAUUGAAGGAAACUGUGGGAUUUCUGCUCAGGAGAAACACGUACCUGCUCUUCGAGUAUGAACAAUCUUCAUGGAGUUCUUACAACAUUAACCAGCUGGUGACACUUUUAUCCAGCCUCAUUGGUUCUCACUUGGAGGGUCAAGGCUGUCAUCAGCAGGCAGAACCUUGCUGGGCAAAUGUGAUUCCUGAAAACCACCAUCAUUUCUGCUAUUACCUGCUCAGAGUUGUGCAGAGGCUGCAAUCUCACUUACGCACACUGGGUCCCACCCAGGUUGACCAGCCUGCUGACAUCCUAGAUGCAACCAGCCAACUGCAAAAACUCCAGGAACUCCUGGAAACACACAUGCAUCCCACAGAGCAAGGGCCAUCCAGGGAGGCAACCAGUUUCCCCAUCCUGAGCCCAGAAGAAGGGAAGAAGUCCACCUCUAAUGGCCUGUCCGGAUGGUUGACUUAUAUCUGCUGGCUCUUCCUGGGUGUCACUAGCCUGGCCACAGCCUUUUUCACAGCACUUUAUAGCCUGGAACUAAACAAAGAUCAAGCCAGUAGCUGGGUCAUUUCAUUGAUUUUAUCAGUGCUUCAAAACAUCUUCAUCAUCCAGCCAGUAAAGGUAAUCGUCCUCACAUUGUUAUUUUCACUGAUUCUGAACAGGAUGCCGUGGCUUGCCAAAGAGAAGGAACAACAAACAAAGAGGAUCUUGGCACUCUCAGCAAAAUGUUCUUCAUCAUUACCUGGAUCAAGAGAUAAGAAGAACCCCAUCUAUGUAGCCCCAACUAUGAACAGUUCAGUGAAGCUCCCAGAAAGAACCUUGAAAGAAAAAAAACUCUUCAAGCUGACAGGAGAUAUUUUGGUACAAAUCCUCUUCCUUAUCCUAUUGAUGACUACAGUCUACUCUGCACAGAACUCCAGUAGAUUUUACCUCCAUCAAGCUCUCCGGAAGAGCUUUUCUCAUCGUUUUUCAGAGAUCAAACUUCUUAAGCAUUUCUACCCCUGGGCCAGUCACACCCUCCUCCCUAACCUGUACGGGGAUUACAGAGGAUUUAUUACUGACGGGAACUCCUUCCUUUUGGGCAAUGUUCUGCUUCGUCAGAUUCGCUCCCCUAGUGCCAAAGUCUUUCCAACUGGAGUAUCUCCCCAAGAACAAGUGGAGCCAUCUCACCAAGACCUGGAGGAUACAGAGAACUACGGGGUUAACUGGCAGCCUCCUGAAGCAAACCACACAGAAGCAGACAGCAUGUGGCAUUAUCAGAAUCAAGAGACGCUGGGUGGCUACCCAAUCCAGGGGGAGUUUGCCACGUACUCGGGAGGAGGCUAUGUUGUCAGGCUUGGAAGAAACUCCACUGCUGCCAUCAGAGUCCUGCAGCAUCUUGAACAGAGCCACUGGCUAGACCGUCUCACGAGAAGCCUCUUUGUGGAAUUUGUGGUCUUCAAUGCUAACGUGAACCUGUUCUGUGUAGUAACCCUGAUUUUGGAAUCCAACAGUGGGGGUGCUUUCUUUGCCUCUGUAAGACUGGACACUUUAACUUCCUUUCAGACAUCAAAGAAGGACUUUGCCUGGUCCGUCAUCUCACAAGUCUUCUAUUAUCUACUGGUCUGUUACUAUGGCUUCAUACAGGGUCUCCGGCUGAAACAGCAGAGGUGGAGGUUCUUCACGAGGAAAAAAAACGUUCUGGACGUGGGCAUAAUUCUUAUUAGCUUUGUCAUCUUAGGGCUUGACAUGAAGCUUACUUCUCUACAUAAGAAAAACAUGGCACAAUACCGCUGUGACCGUGACAGGUUCAUCAACUUCGAUGAGGCAAUACCAGUGAACUCAGCUGUCAUUCACCUAAUGGGCUUCCUGGUUCUGCUGGCAACUGUUCAGCUGUGGAACCUGCUGCAUCAUAACCUGCGGCUGCAGCUCAUCCGCAGAACACUCAGCAAAGCCUGGGAUGAGGUGCUGAGCUUCCUGCUGGUCAUUCUGAUCCUGCUGACAGGCUACGCCAUUACUUUUAACCUGCUGUUUGGAUGGAGCAUCUAUGACUACCGAACUUUUUUCAGCUCAGCAGUGGCUUUUGUUGGUCUCCUGAUGGGAAUCUCUAAUCACAAAGAGAUUAUUGCUUUAGACCCAAUCCUGGGCUCCCUUCUGAUCCUCACCAGUGUCAUCUUGAUGGUCCUUGUGAUCAUUAACCUGUUUGUUUCUGCCAUUCUAAUGUCCUUUGGUAAAGAAAGAAAGUUCCUUAAGACUUGCAAAGAAGCUUCACUGAUAGAUAUGCUGCUACAGAGGCUCUCGAAUUUAUUAGGAAUCCAGCGGCACCAGAACACAUGUUCUGGACCCAAGUCAGAAGCCUCUACAAAGCCAAAGAGGAGUAACCAAGCAAACUCCCAGAUGACCUCUAGACUUAAAACAGACAUUGAAAUGGACUCCAUACUGCUGCAGGUGUCCGCAUUACCCAGAAAGCCUAAGGUAAGGGCUGGCUUGUGCCCAACAUGAGUCACUUGCUUAUGUACGCAUCACUUAACCAAACCAGUGGAAAAAGCCGGACACAGAAUUUUUAACUUUAUUAUCAGCUACUUGCUAUGUAUGAGAUACAAACCAAUCAAAAACAUUAAAGAAAAGUUGCUUGAAACAGGUAUGUACAGAUACAUUACACAGAAGCCAAAGUCAUUAUCUUGCGAUCCCAAAGCCAUCCCUGUGGGAAAGGACGGCUUUAGUUAGAGGGCAAAGGAACAUGUAAGUUACAACAGUAAGAGUCUUGGCCAUUGAGGAAAGCAGUGAACAACUGCAGCCACAUGGGCACCAAAAUUUAUGAGAUCAGUUUUUAAAGAUUCUCUUAAAUCGUAAAGUUUU